CGACAGACAUAGGAACAUAUGUCACAACGGAGCAAAUCGAACUACUUAUAUGGUCGGAGGGAGACGAGAACGGGGGAAAGGAGAAGAUCGGCGAUGGUCAUGACGACGCUCUUACGAAAACCCUCAAUCUCUCUCCUCAAUUGCCAAAAACCAAAACCCUCACAAAACCCUAAGAAAUCUCCAUCUCUCUCUUAUUCCCGAAUCCAGAUCUUCAGCUCCUGCAAUCUGUCCAGAAAUUUCUCUUUUUCCUCUCCAUCUUCAUCUUCUUCUGGGAUUCCGGCAGGCCGAUGGGCGGAAGAUUUCAACCCUAGGAUCCCGAUCGAAGAAGCCCAAACCCCACCUAGCUCGUGGUACAACGAUCCCUCGAUCCUCUCCCUCGAAUUCGAUCGCGUCUUCGGCCGAGGAUGGCAGGCCGUUGGGUUUGUUGAACAGAUCCAGAAUCCUCAUGACUUCUUCACUGGCAGAUUGGGAAGUGUGCAAUUUGUGGUCUGUCGAGAUUCUGAUGGAAAUCUUCGUGCUUUUCACAAUGUUUGUCGCCAUCAUGCCUCUCUUCUUGCAUCUGGAAGUGGGAAGAAAUCUUGUUUUGUAUGUCCUUAUCAUGGGUGGACCUAUGGGUUAGACGGAGCACUCUUGAAGGCUACUCGAAUUGCAGAAAUAUGGAACUUUGACAUAAAUGAGUAUGGGCUUAUACCGCUGAAUGUAGCUAUUUGGGGCCCGUUCAUACUGAUCAGUAUUGACAAAGAUAUUCCACUGCAACAUAAACUGGACAGCAAGAUAGUGGAGAAUGAAUGGCUCGGGAGCUCUUCAGAGAUACUGAGUAGUGGUGGGAUUGAUACCUCACUAAGGCAUGUUUGCAGGCGUGAAUAUACCAUUGAAUGUAACUGGAAGGUCUUUUGCGACAACUACUUGGAUGGUGGAUAUCAUGUGCCAUAUGCACAUGGAGGUCUUGCAUCUGGUCUCAAACUUGAGUCCUACUCUACAAUAAUUUUCGAGAAGGUUAGCGUCCAAAGAUGUGACAGUGCUUCGGUAGAAAGGGGAGAUGAUUUUGAUAGACUUGGUUCGGAAGCUUUAUAUGCUUUCAUUUACCCAAACUUUAUGAUCAAUAGGUAUGGUCCUUGGAUGGAUACUAAUUUAGUUCUUCCGCUGGGCCCAAGUAAAUGUCAAGUGAUAUUUGAUUACUUUCUGGAAGCUUCUUUAAAGGAUGAUAAAGAGUUCAUGGCAAGAAGUAUGGAAGAGAGUGAAAGAGUGCAGAUGGAGGAUAUCGUGCUGUGCGUAGGAGUCCAAAAGGGCCUCGAAUCGCCAGCAUAUUGCAGUGGCAGGUAUGCUCCCACUAUCGAAAAAGCCAUGCAUCAUUUCCAUUGCUUGCUGCAUGAGAACUUUAUUGCUCUCUGAUUCUCUUCACCGUCCGAAAAACCAAACACUCAAACUGUCAAUUCCGGUGGGAAUUACAUCCAUGUUUUGAGAGUUAGUAAAUUUAUGAUACUUUCCAAUGGAAACAACCCCGUUUGCAUUUUGCAUGAUGCAUGUCAUCAGAUGACAUGUAUGAAUGCGGGCACUGUUUGCAUUUUGCA